AUGGAGGAGAAAAAAAAGCACAAAAAAAAAAUCGUGCUUGCGGAGGAUAUGAAAGCAACGAGGGAAGAGAGGGUUUUAAAAAAAUUUGAGAAAGUGAAAACGAGGUGGGAUAAACAGAGUCAGGUCAUAAGGGAGAGAACAAAAAAAAAAGAAACUCUAGCUGACCAUGGAGAAAAAUAUCGGGAAAAGAACGAAUUGAACACCCUCAUUGAGCACCUUAACAAGGAAGAGAAAAAAAAAGUUAACUGGGAAGAAAAUUUGAGAGAUACAAUUGAAAGCAUAAAAUAUAAAGAGACAAUAAAAAAGAUAAAUUAUAGUAGUAAAGUAUGCAAAGGAAAUACAAAUAUUUUUGAAAAGGUAUUCGAAAGAAGGGUAAAACAAAAUGGAACACAAGGAACGAACACACAAAUGAAGGAAGAACAGAUGGAAAGACAGAAUACAUCGCUUGAAGAAUUUACUUACGUGAAAAACAAAGAUGCGAAGAAGGAACUGUACGAAGGAAUGAUUAUUGAAAAAAUUAAAAAUAACCUCAAAUUCGUUUUGGAAAAUUUUGCUUUACCAGUUGAUAAUACAUUCUACGUGCAAGGGAAACAGAUAGUGCUGCUACCACAUGAGAGAAGUGAUUCUCAGUUGAUAAAUGAAAAGGUGGAUCCAAAACAUUCCCUCACAUGUAGUAGCCAUAUAGUGACAGAUGCAGAUUCCACUAAAUGUGCGAACCAUGUGCUUGUCGACAGCUCUAACUUCAACCAAAAACAAUUGAAUGACAAUAAAAAACAAGAACCAUUGCUAACUAACAGAACAUCCAUACACAUUGAAAAUCGAGCAAAGGAAAUAGUGACUAAAUCUGUUGAACUCCAAAAUGAAUCUUCCAGCAUAAUCAUUUUCAAAAUUGAAUUUAAAAAGAAAAUUAUCAUACAAAAUGAAGUUGUAAAACUAAAGGAUUUCCUCUAUUUUGACGAAAAUAAAAAUUACAACUUAGUUAUUUCUCCAAAUAUAGGAUACAUAAAACCAGGAGAGAAAAAAAAAAUAAAUUUGACAUUUUUUUUUAAUUAUUUUGUUAAUACCUUUGGAUGUAUUACUAUAAAAUAUAUGUGUCAGCACGAAUUCUUCCAGAAGGACAUUUAUAUACAUGUGAAUUCGUUCCUUCAAGUGGUACAUGCAGAAAUGGGUUCAGGGGAGUCUAGCGGCGAGAUUCGCCAACUUGUGCAAAGGAACGGUGCCUUAGAACUCACUUCGUCGUGCAAAUUGGACCUCUCGCGAGAUUACCAAUUAAGCAAAGAUGUUAAUGCAUGUAAUGUGUGUACAGCGUCUGAAAAUUGUAACGCUGCUAACAAUUGUGACCCUUCUAAUCCACGCAAUGCAUCUCAAUUUCGUCAUUUUGUGGGAGUGAACGAUAAGGACACGAUGAAACAAAAUUUUCUCGAAAUGGAGAAAAAAAACAAGACGUGCGAAUGUGUCACACCGAAUAAUUUCACAACAGAAUCAUCCGUGAAUUUUGAAGAAGGGAGAAAUAUAAAUAUACCUACUAUUCCAAAAUUGGAAAAUAGUGAUGAAAGUGUCAUUUUUGAAUCGAUACACAACCAUCUUACUCAACCCCUAGAUGAAAUUUCACAUUUUAAGAAUUUCUCGAAAAGGAGUUGUAUGCAUUAUAAUCAUACCGUUUCAAUAUUGAACAAUUCAGACUUUACAAAUUGUCCUCAUUGUGACAGUAAACAUUCUGAUAGUCUUUUAACAAAUAAAAUAAACAAUUUUUUUAGAUACACCAAAGGGAGAAUUUUCUCCUUAGUUAACAUUCCUUAUUCGCAGGACGACGAAUUAAGAUUUUCGAGAAUACAAAUUACACAUCUGGAUAGUAAUGAUAAGAGGAACAUCUUUCCCUUCAUCCCGCAAGUGAACAAAGAAGAAAGUUUUUUACAAUGCACAAGGCGUGGAAACUGUGUCGAAAAGACCAUGCCGAAUCAGAUUGAUAAACAAGGAGAACAGAAUGGUAAUGUACUUUCAGAAAAGAAUCCACGCAUUGUUAGUAACUUCCCCAAACGGCACAGUACCACUUCCACAUCUGCUUUGCAUGAGAGAAAUUUUUGUAGCACCUUACUUAACGAAACGGUUAAAGAAUACAUAACCGAUUUGGUUAGAGAGUAUGUCCGUUUUAAAGUAGAAAACAAAGGAGUACAAAUUCAAGGGAAUGGUGAUAAUUGGAAAAGAGGUCUUACGAACGAAGAUGCAAAUUUGGCCAAGCUUGUGUCAAAGAGGAUUAAGGAGGAAGAUGCAAAUUUGACCAAGCUUGUGUCAAAGAGGAUUAAGGAGGAAGAUGCAAAAUGCAAAAAGGGGAAAAAAGAACCCACCAUUGGAGCAGCAGAACCCAUAACUGAUGAAUCACAUCUUCUGAAUCAUAUUAAAAACAUCUUUCACAAUAACUUUGUGAAGAAAUUUCCAAAUAUUGUAAUGGAAAACUAUGUUAUCACACUUCUAAAUAUGAUACAUGAACAAAAUGCAUUAAUCAAUUCGCACGCCUUUUAUCUAUGUCGAUAUUUUAAUCUUAUCCAUUUUGUUCAUCUGAUCUUAAGGGAGAAGACAUUCGCUUAUUUCACAUCAGACCAAGAAAACAUUUUUAUACAUAUGAAUAUGCCCUUAUUUCGUUACAUAGUUGUAUAUAUCCACUCGUUAUAUAAACGAAAUGCCAAGAACGAAGAGGUUAAUCAGAUUAAGGAACUUAUAUUUUAUUUCCUUUCAUCCGUUUUUCUAUGCAUAAAGCAAAAAGUAAGAAAUGUGUUCUUUAUUAUGGACAUUCAGAGAGAUCAAGUUUCUUCAGAAGUGGAGAAAGUAGAAGAACUAAUUCGGGAAGAUGAAUACCCAUUUGCAAUGAAAUUCGUUAAGAAGAUUUUCCACUCAUUUGUGUUUUCAUAUAUUAGAGAGUUCAUUUCGACCCAGGCCAAGUUGAACUAUGAGUUGCAUUUUGUAAAGGAUGAAAUGGAUAUAUAUUUGCUGUGCGAAAAGGUUUUUGGUGCUACCAGCGGAGUUCCUUAUGGUGUACCUGAUGAGGUUCCUUAUGUCGCUCCUUAUGUCGCUCCUUAUGUCGCUCCUUAUGUCGCUCCUUAUGUCGCUCCUUAUGUCGCUCCUUAUGUCGCUCCUUAUGUUGCUCCUUAUGUUGCUCCUUAUGACACUCCCGAUAGAGUUCGUGACAACUUUUUCCAAAAUUUUAAAGUUGACGAAGACUACACUAGCUGUUGGUUCGCUCAUCAGAAGAAUAACGACACGAAUUCUGAAGAAGUAGGAACUGAACAAAGGGAGGGGAGAAAUGGAAACAUUUUUUUCGUCUCCGAUAGCCAGAUGCUAGCACAGGUUCUAUAUGAACGGCACUGCAAAUCGGUAGAAGUAGGAUUGAAGAAUCGUUUACAUUUGUUGGUUCAGAAGAGGAUCCAGGGGGAAUCAAAAGAGAUGGGAUGCCCUACUAAGUCAUUAGUGGAUGAUUUUGCAGCAGAUGGAUCGGCAGCAGAUGGCUUGGCAGCAGAUGACUUGGCAGCAGAUGACUUGGCAGCAGAUAUAUCGAACACGCAAAGGAAGAAAAAAACGAACAAAGGGGAAACGAAAGGGACACAAGGAGAAAAGGAGGAACAGCAACAGGAAAAGGAAGGAGACAAGGACUCGCACUUGAGUGAUGAUGAGCCAAACGAGACGGGGGAAAGAGAAACGGACAGAAGAAAAAAAAGGGAAAAAAAAAAUAAAACAAAAAAGAAAAAUAGCAAAAAUGGCGAAGUUGGCAAAAAUGGCGAAGUUGGCAAAAAUGGCGAAGUUGGCAAAAAUGGCGAAGUUGGCAAAAAUGACGAAAUUGACAAAAAUGGCAAAGUUGGCAAAGUUGGCAAAGAUGAAGGUCGUGAAAGGGAUGAACGCAUCCAAGCAGGGAUACUCGAGGGGCAAUCAGUGGAGAACCGAAUCGAUGGAAGAGGAACGUACACUUGCACGAAUUACCACUUCUAUAAGAUGUUUGAAAUAUUGCAGAUUUGCACAUACAUUAUGGACGAUGAAGAGAUGGCAGACAAGAUAAAGCGGCUACACCUACCUGAGGGGGUAAAUGUACAGAUGAGUUAUGAAUCAAGAAAAAUGAUCCAUUGUAUUCCUUUCAUUUUUAACAUCUUCUCUGUUGAAAAGAUAGAUAAACUAUAUAAACAAGAAGUUACACAGCAUCCUAGUUAUUUCUUAUACGACAAUUAUGUAUGUAGAAAAAAAUAUCGCAUUUUGGAUGUAAUGCAAAAAAUAGUACAUUGCUUAGAUAUACAAAAUGAUAUGAACAGCAAGGCAAAUUUUUUGGGAAAAAUUCCCCUUUCAUGUGACGCUGAUAUCUUUUCAUCUGAAGAAGAAAAUGUCACCAGCUAUUCUGAAUUGAAAAAAGAAAGAAAAAUAAACAACGACACAAUUAAUGUCACAACAGUAGAAUUAACAAAUAGACCAACUGGAACAAAAUACAUAUGCAUAAUAUCUCCAAACAUAAAAAAUCAUGUUUUGGAUAUAUCUAACUUGGUAGAGAUAGUGGAAUGGCUUAAGCUUCUAAAUUUUGUUAUUUUUUUAAAGAUCUCAGAUGUGUAUAUAUGUGGCCCCCUUUUUUUUUUAUUUCUUUUUUUUAUGUAUGACACGGGCACUUUACUGGGCCGUGCAUCCGAGAGGAAAUCAAAGAAGGGGAAAACCGUACCUCCAUCAGAAGUAGAAGCGGUAGAAGCGGUAGAAGCGGAAGAAGCGGUAGAAGCGGUAGAAGCGGAAGAAGCGGUAGAAGCGGAAGAAGCGGUAGAAGCGGUAGAAGCGGAAGAAGCGGUAGAAGCGGAAGAAGCGGAAGAAGCAGAUGCAGAAGCGGGAGGAAGAAAAAGCGAAAGAGGCAGAGAAGAGGCAACAUCUGGGCCACCCCGUCUUUACGUUUCAUUCUGUGGAAUCAAACACCCCAUUGGAAAAUCAACAAAUAAAAAGAUUAACCGGGAGGAUCAUCACACUGUCAGCUAUUUCCAAGUAGAAAUAUUUGACACACGACAGUUCCCAGAGGAUCUACUGCUUCUUCUACGAAUUAAUUUAUUUAAUAUUAUAAGACUGUGCAAAAAAUACAAAAUUAAUUUACAUUUCCCAUAUGAUAUGUAUGUAUACCCUAAUGAACCCACCAUCCGAUUGAACUGCAACUCUGCCACCACAUCUGCGCCAUCUGUGCCCAUCCCUAUAUACUGUCGUUUCCCAUAUAAGAAUUAUGAACAAAUAAUACAGGCCAGUAUGAAGAAUUUCCUUAGAAGGUAUAGACAUCGAUUUGCAAAAGGAAGAAGCACCACGAGGGGUUCGCAGUUCCACCGACCAGUAGGCUGUUCCCAUUGGGAGAGGCAGCAAAAUGAAGUAGAAGGAGCGGUAGAUGUAGAAAGAGCGGUAGAUGUAGAAGGAGCGGUAGAUGUAGAAGGAGCGGUAGAUGUAGAAAGAGCGGUAGAUGUAGAAGGAGCGGUAGAUGCAGAUGGCGAUGUAGGGAACGGGAACGGGAACCGGGACCCCGAGACCGAUUCAGAGAAGAGAGGAGACACCACGAGGUCCCCCCAGCACGUCAGUGCUUGUUCGCACAACAUAGGAUAUCGCACGAUCAAAAAUAUACUUAAGAACGUGCGAAGGGAAAAUAAAAUACUCUGGUUAUGUGGUGCCUUCGAGAGAGAGACAAAAGAAGAUUGUCGAAACAGCUUGAAGGUUUUUGAUUCUAUCCUAUUGAGCUCCUCAAACGAUGGACUUGUUAAUGCACACAUGAUUGGGGAAAAGAAAACAGUACUUACAUUUAAUGAUAAGCACCGAGAUACUCUUGUGCAUGUAAAUAACCUCAUCCUCUUUAAUGAAGAAAUAUAUUCCUUGUAUUAUAGAAAAGUGGCAAAAAAUAUUAACGUAACAUUUCUCUAUCGGAGUCACAAGAUGUUGGUGCACUUUUUCGACCAGGUUUUUCUUCCAUCUGCGUUCUCCUCUCCAUUUUCUCCAUGA